UUGUGAAUGAAACAAAACACAACUCCAGGUAUAUGUUUGAGGAGGUAACAGCAUUCUAACAUGGCUUAAAGCUCACAAGAGUCAGCUUUGUGUAAUAUAGGACAUGUUUAAACUGUUUGUUGUCACAGGGGAUUUGAAUGGCUCUGUGGACUCGUGCCAGGGGGACAGUGGGGGGCCCCUGGUGUGUGAAGAUGAGCUGGGCGUGUCCUACCUGUGGGGCAUUGUGAGCUGGGGAGACAAGUGUGGCGAGCCGGGCUUCCCUGGAGUCUACACACUGGUGGCUCAUUUCUACGAGUGGAUCCGAAUUCACACUGGAUGGCCGCUUGUCACACACAAUAUAAUUCUUAGUCCUCAUGUUUACAUUUUUCCAACAUUGUACGACACCAAAUAA